GACGAAUUGCGGGGGGGACCCAAGCCUCGGCAGAAUCCCUGUGAGGUUUAGGAAGUAUGUCAGCCAUGGCCCGUGCUGCCCUUGCGCUGUUGCUUGGAAGCUCGCUGGCUUCCGCAGCAGUGCACAGUGGCUUCCUCUACGACGAGCUUUGCGUGGACCGGGGGGUCGGCAUUGAUGGCGUGGACACUCGGACCGAACCGCAACGUCACACUGUGCACUGCUUGUUGGUGUCCAUUUGCCGCAACUCCGGCUACGGCCUCUUGACGAAGCCCAGCGGACAGAGCCAGUACUCCAUGGAGGUGCUCUUGAGCGAACGUGGCAAUGCGGACGUGGUCACCUGGCUCGGCACACAGGAGUACUGGGGCACUAAUGUGAAGGUGGAGAUCAGUGGGCCCUAUGACUCGCAGGGACGGCUUCAUGUGGAGACCGUCACGCGCGAUGGCAGUGUUUGGAAUGGCUCAGGUGCAGGCUCUGAUACAACUGCCGAGACUUCAACUUCUGCUGCUUCGACAACUUUGGCUGCUGGCACUCCUGACACUUCUACUUCUGCUGCUUUGGCGACUUCGGCUGCUGGCUGCGCGCGCGUGCUGCUGGCGUUCACUCUGAUUUUCUUCCUCAGUCUUUGAGCCGUGCUAAGCAGCCGCUCCCGAGACGAGGGGAUCUGGCCGACCCUGUAAAGGACCUUUCACAACUCGCGCCAUUUGGCCUUUGAAUCAGUUGACGUUGCACAAAAUCAUACAUAAUCGACUCUUCUCACUUG